UGGAUUUAAGAAGUUUGAGUGGCCCUGCAGUAGCGCCGCUCUCGGAGUGCUCAAAUCCCAUCUCUCAAUAGCUCCUCACCGCCUGGGCAGAAAGCGAUGGAGUCAUUGAAUUGUUCCGUACGCACUCUACUCUACUCCACACUCCUCCCUACACACUCCGAUACCCCGUUGCAGCGCGUAUAUAGCUCUUCUUCACCCUCGCCAUGGCAUUCCCUACCCUUCACGCACGCGCAGAGGCCAAGCCGCUUGAGCAUCGCUCUUGCCUCACACCCACGACGGCCAAGAAGCUGCUCGAUGCCGGUUACCCGGUCCUCGUCGAGCGCAGCUCCAAGGACCCCAACUAUGUCCGCAUCUUCAAGGACGAGGAGUUCGAGCAGGCUGGAGCCACUCUGAUCGAGGAAGGCGCAUACAAGACGGCGCCCACCGACCGCAUCAUCAUCGGACUGAAGGAGCUGCCAGAGGACAAGUUCCCUCUAGAACACACUUUCGUCCACUUUGCACAUUGCUACAAGCAACAGGGCGGCUGGGAGAAUGUCCUCGCAAGGUUUCCCCGCGGUGGAGGAACGCUAUACGAUCUCGAGUUCCUCCAGGACGAGUCAGGCAGACGCGUUGCUGCGUUUGGCUACCACGCUGGCUUCGUCGGGGCUGCUCUUGCCAUCAAGACAUGGGCAUGGCAACUUACCCACCCCAACGGCGAGCCCCUCCCCGGCGUCGAGACCUUCACCGACGGACGCGGAUACUACAACAACGAGAGCGAGCUAAUCGCCCAGCUCAAGGAGGAUGUCGCCGCAGGUGAGAAGGUUGCAGGACGCAAGCCCACCAGCUUAGUGCUUGGAGCCCUGGGUCGCUGCGGCUCUGGCGCUGUUGACCUGCUGGAGAAGAUUGGCUGCCCUGAGAUCAAGAAGUGGGAUCUGGCAGAGACCAAGGAGCGUGAUGGCCCAUACCCAGAGAUCAUUGACUCGGACAUCUUCGUAAACUGCAUCUACCUCUCCAAGCCGAUCCCACCCUUCGUGAACAAGGAGAGCCUUGCAUCACCAAACCGUAAGCUGAGCGUUGUAUGCGACGUCAGUUGCGACACAACCAACCCCCAUAAUCCUAUUCCUAUCUACGACAUCAAUACAACCUUCGACAAGCCCACGGUUGGAGUCUCAGUCGAGGGCAAUGGCCCCAAGUUGUCCGUCAUCUCCAUCGACCACCUCCCGUCAGCUCUUCCCCGCGAGUCAUCGGAAGCCUUCAGCAACGCGCUCCUACCUAGCCUGAUGGCGCUCAAGGACCGGGCGACAACGCCGGUAUGGCAAGGUGCUGAGAAGCUCUUCCAGGAGAAGGUGCAGACCCUCCCUGGCGGUGUCCCAAAGAAGGAGGUUUAGAUGUGAAUGACACAACAGGGCUCCAAUACAAGUAGACAAAAAGCAUUAAAUGGUAAACAUUUGACUG